CGUCAUCAGCACGUAAAGGCGGUAAUUGGUGAUGUCACCAACAUAGGUGAGGAUUUAAACCCUGCGGGAGGGGGAUUCAGUGGUUGCUGCGCGUCGAUCUUUUUUCCGAAGUACAUCCCGGAAUUUCGUGAUGCCUUCGUCUGCCGCUGCCGUUGAGGAUCUGAGCGCUGUGAUGGACAUCUUCGUGCGCGAGUUCUGCGCCAACUGUGAAGGAGGCGUGGGGAGCGUCUGCAUGAGGAAGCACGCGCUGCAGAAUCUGCUCGUGAAGCACAUGCGGCCCUACCUGACGGGUGCGUGUGACCCGGAUGAAGUGCGCAAGAUCAUGGCGGAUCUUCACAAGAACCAAGGCGCCAGCGUGGACUUCCAAGCGUUCAUGGUCACGUGGACGAGGAUCCUCGUGGCUGGCCAUGCCCCGUUCCAGGAGCGCGUGUUCCUCACCAGGGGGCCCUUUGGCCCGCCCAUUUCUGCUGAUAAGCCAAAAUAAAUCUCUUUAAAAUAUAUAUAAAAUGAGAUGACUAAUAAAGUUACUGGCAAACUGGUCCUGGGCUUAGUGAAUCGUGUUUUUUCUAGUUCAACCGGCAAGCAGUGGUUGAUGCUGUUCCCUUCUCGUGAUGCACACUUGGUUUCGUGCAAUAGCUUUAGUCUUGAUGGAGGAGCCCCUCCUUAGGUUGGCUUUGCCCAAAAGGAGCCACGAGCGCCCCGCUGACCUCGGAUGUCAGGAGGAUCGGGCUUUGUACUGUUUGAAAACAGAUCUGAUGGUGGCACUUGACACCCAGUUAUUGGCCUCCUAAAGAAUGGGUAACAUCCCUAAAUGUUUUCUGUAGAAACAGGGGUGACGCUCCCUUCACCCUCGUGUAUCGGCAGAUCUUGGAAAGAAAAUCGUUAUGUUCCAGCGGCCACCCUCCCACUUCAUCAGUGGGAUUGAAUAUUUCCACCAGCGUGGCCGUUGACUAGAAAUUGAGUUCCUGGAGUGACGCAUAACUACAAACUAAGCUUGUCCCAAGUCCUUGCGAACUAUGAGAAGGCAUUUGACGAUGGAAAUUUGAGCUUAAACUUCUGAGAUGCUAAGGGACUACACCGAGAAUAUGCAAAUGACUCCAUUGAUAUUUGGGGGGUGGGAGGGGGGGAAUUGCACCUAAAUCCACGUUUCUCAAAGUUGGUAUUCGUGGAAGUGUAAAGAUGUGAACAAACUUGGAGCCUUGUCUUUAUUACACAGGCCCCACUUGCCUGACUCUUGAAGUG